AUGCGGCAGGUGCCCGGCGCCCGCGGGGUCUCCCUCUUCCUCUUCCUCGCGACGCUGUGGUGGUGCUCGCUCGUCCCUCGCGCCGCGCCGGACCUCGCCGCGGACCGCGAGGCCCUGCUCGCGUUCCGGGACGCGGUGGGGCCGCAUCUCCCGUGGGACGCGUCCGCGGCGUCCCCGUGCGGGUGGCUCGGCGUCCUGUGUGACCGCACGGGCGCGCGCGUCGUCCAGCUGAGGCUCCCCGGGGCCAACCUCGCCGGAGCGGUGCCGCUGGGGACGCUCGGGAACCUGACGGCGCUGUGGACGCUGUCGCUCCGCGCCAACGCGCUGUCCGGCGGGAUCCCCGCCGACAUCGGGGCCUGCGCGGAGCUCAGGUACCUCUACCUCCAUGGCAACCGGCUCGAGGGCGAGAUACCGGAGGGGUUCUUCGGGCUACGCUUGCUGCAGCGGCUCGACCUCUCCGACAACCUGAUAUCCGGCGGGGUCUCGCCGGAGUUCAACAAGCUCCGGAGGCUCGCUGCUCUUUAUUUGCAGAACAACAGACUGAACGGCACACUACCGGCGGACCUUGACCUCCCGAACCUUCGGGUGCUCAACCUGUCCAACAACGGCCUGUCAGCGAUAAUCUAG